AUGUUCGCGCUGCAGUCCCUACCUUGCAGAAGCUGCUCCUGUGCAUCAGCAGCAGCAGCAACGGCAGCAGCAACAGCAGCAGCAACAGCAGCAGCAACAGCAGCAGCAAGUGCAGCAGCAGCAGCAGCAGGUGGUCUGCCUGAGCAACGGGUUUUCCUUCAUCAUGUGAACGCAGGAGUCUCUACAGAGCUGCCGCUGCAGCAGCAGCAGCUGCUGCCGCGGCAGCAGCAGCAGCAGCUGCUGCUGCCGCGGCUGCAGCAGCAGCAGCAGCUGCUGCCGCUGCUGGGGCUUCCGUUUGCUGCUGCAGCUCGCCGGCUGCUGCGGCACCGCGUGUCGCAGUCAGCAGCAGAAGCUGCUGCAGCAGACAACCCUGGGCUGUACAGACACUGGCCCCACCUGCUGCUGUACGCCCCCCCCCUCCCCGCCGGCGCAGCAGCCAGCAGCAGCAGCAGCAGCAGCAGCAGCAGCAGCAGCAGCAGCAGCAGCAGGCGGGACCAGCCGCCGGAAGUGCUGGCAGCAGCAGAAGAGCAGCUGCUGCUGCGCGGCAGCUGGGCGGGGAGGCCCCUGGCAGACACCCCAGCAGCAAAUUUAAAGCCCCAAAAUAAAAACGCAUGCAAAGAUUUAAUUCACCUUUUGAUGCUGCAGGAGGUGAAGAAGCUGCAAAAGGAGAGAAGCUUCAGACUGCCGCAUUUUGGCCCUGGAGAUUUGGUCGAAGUGCAAUACGAGUUAAGUCGCUCGCAGCAAACCGUCGCCACUUUUCAGGGCUACGUGGUGAGCAUGCGGCAGCGGUCUUUGAACUCUUCAGUGGUGCUUCGAAAUGGAGUUAAAGGAGUUGCUGUGGAGCAGCGGAUUCCCCUGUUCUCCCCGCGGCUGCUGUCUUUCAAGGUGCUGCGCAGCGCAAGCAGCCCCAGCCAGGCCUUCGUGGCUUCGCCGCCGCCGCCGCCCACGAGAGACUACAGGUACAAGUGGAAGUACAAUGUGCGUGGGAAGUAUGAGCGGCGGCGUGGGACGCACAAACCUGGUGUGCGGACUGUGGAGCACCGGCUGCGGUCUCGCGUGUCUUCGCUGCUGCACCGCUACAUGCGGCAGCGGCUUGCUGCCAAUCUGCCGCCUUACGUUUGGGGGGGCCCUUAUCCGCGCCUGCGGGAGAAAAGGACAAAAGAGAUCCGCGGCGAACUCUACAGGAGAAUGCUCGUCUACUCCUUCGUGCGCUGCUGCUGCUGCUGCUGCUGCUGCUGCUGCUGGGGGUGCUGCUGCUGCUGCUGGGAGUGCUGCUGCUGCUGCUGCUGCUGCUGGGGGUGCUGCUGCUGCUGCUGGGGGUGCUGCUGCUGCUGCUGCUGGGGGUGCUGCUGCUGCUGCGGGGGGUGCUGCUGCUGCUGCUGCUGGGGGUGCUGCUGCUGCUGCUGCUGCUGGGGGUGCUGCUGCUGCUGCGGGGGGUGCUGCUGCUGCUGCUGCUGGGGAUGCUGCUGCUGCUGGGGAUGCUGCUGGGGUUGCUUCUGCUGCUGGUGUUUGACGCUCCUGCUGCUUCUGCCGUUGCUGCUGCUGUUGCUAGUGCGCCUGCUGCUGCUGCUGCUGCUUCUGUUGCUUCUGCUGCUGCUCGCGCUGGUGCUGCUGCUACUUUGCUGUUGCAGUCAGGCUGGUGCAGCUCAUGCUGCUGCUGCUGCUGCAACAGCACUGCGACCUUCCCUGCUGCUGUUACUGUGGCGUGCCUGCUAG